AUGGAAGGGGAGAAGGACCUGCUCCCUGCAGCCAUGAGCACACCGGAGACGCACAUUAAGCUAGCAGACCCGAACGAGGACACGUAUUUUGGACGUGUGCGCAAGACGUUCUACAUGCUGGACUUCCGCACCGCCUUCACGACCCAGCGCACGCUGCAGGAUGCGCAGCAGCUGGUGGCGGCACACCGUCGUGGCGAGUUCGUGGACCCGGCCAAGCUCGAGCAUGCGCAGCAUGUGACACAUGCCAUCCUGCACCCGGACACUGGAGCGCCGGUCUUCACGCCGCUUCGCGCGUCCAUGAUCGUUCCAAUUAAUAUGAUCAUGGACGGUGCCAUGCUACUGGCCAGCAGUACGAAGACCACCAUCUUCGCGCAAUGGCUCAACCAAACCUACAACGCUCUGCACUACUACGCAAACCGCAACGCCUCCAACGAAGACACGGCAGAACAGCGCCUCGUGGCGUACGUAGGUGCCACUGCAAGCUCAGUGGGGGCAUCACUUGGUAUCCGACGUUUGGCUAGUCGAAUGACGGACGCCAAAUGGGCGCCGGCUGUUGCUCGCAUGGGUCCAUUUGCUGCAGUUGCUGCUGCCGAUCUACUUAACAUGGCAGUCAUGAGGCAGAGCGAGUACCUCAAAGGCGUCCAUGUGUACGACGAGAACGGAGACUACGUCGGAAAGUCAAGGAGAUGUGGCGCAUUGGCAGUUGCCUCGUGCGCUGCUGGCAGAAUCUUCGCAGCAGCUCCGAUCUUGCUGCUCCCACCGCUCAUCAUCUCGCGAAUCGACAAGCACAGCUCGCUCUUGACGCGACCAAAGACGCGGUGGUUGCGUGUACCUACGCUGCUGGGACUUGUAGGCUGUGCUAUCCAGUUUUCGGUGCCGCUGACGUUCGGACUCUUCCGGCAGACAGCGCAGCUGGACUCGAAGUACUUGGAACCGGAACUGCAACACGCAAAACGUAAGCAAGAUGGCCAACCUGUACGCGUCGUCACAUACAAUAAGGGAAUCUGA